CCCCGACCUCGGUAAGGAUAUUGCCAAGCCUAUGCGUCGUUCCAAUUCCUCCUCAUCGUCGUCGUUGGCCAAGGUCAAACGUGGGAUAGAGAUGCUCCCCAGCACGGAUAGCAGCAUCCAUGCUACCCGGAACGGUGGAGUAGGCGACCGCCUUAAAAUAUACUCCGCCCGACUAGUCAGUCCCCCGACGUGUCAGCGACGCGCAGAAUCUGGCCGGUGUUUGCAGUUGUAGGCAGAGGCAGGAGCCAACAGAUCGAGCCCUGAAGCCGGCAGCAGUGGCGGCGGCCUCUCAUCAGGCGCCUACUCCACCGUUCUCCCAGGAGGGAAUUGAAGUGGAGGGAAGAGCAGAUCGAGGCGCGGCGCCCCCCCUCGGCCGGUGCCCUGAGGAAAGAACAAAUCCAGGCCAAUAUAAUGGAUGACAACAGUAUUCAGCAAUCAUUGCUAGCUGACACUCCUAAUGCGCUGCAGCAGAAGCCAUCAGAAGGAGUGAAUCGGUUUCGACGAUGCAGGUCGACUCCUUCCUCAGAUCCUGUUCAAAGCCCCCCUGAGAAAGGCUCAUCGGUUACAGCCAAGGAGUUAUUCAAGGAGAUGAGGCCGAGUUUCAGACUAGUAGGACUUCUCCUUUUUGUCUACCUACUACUGGGUGUCCUGGCAUUUUAUGCUGUCAUGGAUGAGAUAUCAGGCAAGCGAACAAACAGGGUGCUUGAUGCCUUGUACUUCUGUAUUGUCACAAUGACCACUGUGGGCUAUGGAGACCUCGUCCCUAACAACGACGCAACAAAACUGCUUGCCUGUGCUUUUGUCUUCAUGGGUAUGGCAGUCGUUGCUCUCUUUGUCAGCAAAGUGGCAGAUUAUCUUGUUGAGAAGCAGGAAGUGCUGUUCUUCAGAGCAUUGCACACAAAUAUGAAGGGUGGUGAGGCCAAGAUGCUUAGAGCAAUUGAGACAAACAGGAUUAAAUAUAAAUUUUACACAAAUGCUGUGGUUCUUGUGUUAUGCAUUGUUUCUGGGACUGUAUUUCUGUGGAAAGUGGAGAGGCUGAGUUUUGUUGAUUCCUUCUACUGUGUAUGUGCCACAAUCACUACCCUGGGUUAUGGGGAUAAAAGCUUCUCAUCCAAACUGGGGCGUAUUUUUGCGGUCUUUUGGAUUAUCACGAGCACUAUCAUCAUGGCACAGUUCUUCAUGUACCUUGCUGAGAUCUACACUGAGCGCCGGCAGAAAAUGCUGGCGAAUUGGGUUCUCACACGCAAAAUGACAAAAAGGGAUUUGGAGGCAGCUGAUCUGGAUGAUGAUCGACAAGUUGCUGCUGCAGAAUUUGUUGUGUACAAGCUCAAAGAACUGGGCAAGAUCAACCAAGAGGAGAUUUCUUCUUUUCUGGAGGAGUUUGACAAGCUGGAUUAUGACCACUCCGGCACCCUCUCCCCAUAUGACCUUACCCUAGCACAAUCCAUUCAGUGAAAAACAUGCCUUCUCCAUUGAUUUACUGUUUCAAUGGCUUUCUCUGAUUCUGCUAAGUAGUUAUCAGCUGUGCUCUGUCCAACUGUCCAUAUGUAAUUCUGUAGGUAACAAAAGAAACAAGUGGUCCUUAUAUUGUACAUCUAAUAUAGUGGAUCAGCUCACCGGUUCUUGAAUACGUGUAAGAGAAGUAUUUGUGAAGUUUCACCAAGCUUGUACACCUGCAGAUAUAUAUGAAAUCUGAUCAGCUAUUUUCUGUGUGCAAUGUUUUCG